UUAAUAUAUACAUACAUUGAAUAAGCUAUCAAACUUUGUCGAAAUGUAAGCUAUGAAUUUUAGUUUUUUCGAUAUGACUGUGAAGACAUAUGAAGACAUUUGUUCGUACCAUGUGAAGACAUUUGAAGACAUUUUUACGUACCAUGUGAAGACAUUUGAAAAAAUCACCUGGCAUCCCUGUCAGCCAAUGAGCGACUGACAAAAAAUUGGGUCCGUAAAGCGGCCCAUACAUCUACAAUAUUAUUGCACAACACAGGAGGUUGUGAAAUAAAAUUGAACGUUUGUUUCUGAUAUUGAAGUGUUGUACAAUAUAUUGUAUGAUAUCAAAAAAAUUAGAUAUUUAUUGUGCAACGCUCAUAAUAUUGCAUGGUCUACGGGCGACGUUGUGCAAUUGGUGUCAAUGAAUGUUAAAGUUUAUGUUUACAUUUGCAUCGUCUAGAGUGUAAAGUGAGUGUUCUCAUAAAAAACUUCACGGACUUUUUUUCGAGGACGUGUGAGUCGCGAUGGCCGUCAAAAACGCCGACAGGCAAUUUAUUCUCGAGUUUAUCGAGGUUUACCGUUCACUCCCGGCAUUAUGGGACAUCAAGUGCAAGGAUUACACAAACCGUCUAAAGAAAAUUGAACAGUAUGACGUGCUGAUAGAGAAAUACAGAGAAAAUGCUCCCGAUGCCGACAAACAAGAUGUUAUAAAAAAAAUUAAUUCUUUGCGGACCAACUUCCGGAAAGAGCUGAAGAGGAUUCGAGACGCAGAAAAAAGUGGUGCAGGUGCAGAGGAAGUUGAACCCACGCUGUGGUAUUUCGAACAAAUGAGAUUUCUUCAGAACCAGGAAACACCAACCGCUUCAAUCAGUUCGAUGAACCCGGUUCUAGAUUCUGGACACACUUAUUGUGAAGAUGCAGGGAUCGAGGUCAUUGACAAUAUAAAUUAUGGAGGAGCUUCUACAGAGAUCAAUACUCAACUUGGACCACUCAAGAAGAGAAAGAAAACAGGAAAUAUAACAGAUGAGCUGAUGGAACUGGCUUGCAAACGCCUCCAAAAAUCACCUGACGAUCACGAUACAAUAGCUGCAGCUUGGGGAGUAGAACUUAAAAAAAUGGAGCCCAUUCAGCAGAUGUUAGCGAAGAAGUUCAUCAAUGAAAUAUUAUUCGAGGGACAAAUGGGAACAUUACACCGUGACUCGGUGGUUAUCAAUAACCCCCCACGAUCGUUCACUCCAGUCAAUGUUGAAUAUAUCUCAUCACCCAGCCACCAAUACCUAGAAGUUGAUGAGCAGAACACGAAACCCCAUUUUGUUACUUUUCAAUAAAUAUAAAAAUUAUAAGAAGUCGUAUAUGUCAUAUAAGUUUUCAUAAAAUUCUUUAUUAUUAUUAUUUUUUUCAAUAAUGCAUUGUUACAUAAUAAUUGUUACAUAGAUAUGUAUAUGAAAAGGAGCUUACCUUUAUGUAUUCCUUGAGGCUGUUAAUCAGAGCCGCGCAGGUUUCUAUAACAAUGUGGCCAAUUGAUUGCGGUGAAACGGCAGCAGAAAACUUAAGAUCUUCGAAUGUAUUUCCUGUUGCGAGGUACCGUAAAGUUAUCGAUAAACGUUGACUUACAGGAAUAGCAUCUCGCAUAAUAGUAUCCUUUCUCUCAAUCUGAGGAGCAACCAAAGCCAGGAGUUCAUCAAACAUUCCAGCAUCCAUUCGGAUAAAGUUUCGAAAGUCAUUCGGCUCAGUCAUUCUGAGCUCAUUAAAUAACACUUCAUAAGUGUACUUCUCUCUGUUCAGCAACCACUGUUUGGCCCAUUUCCGAUGUUUUCGUUGCUUCUUUUUUUUUAAACUAUUGCUCACUGCGAUCAAAACACAGCUAAUAUCGGUAUCACUCAACAUAUUUCUAAUUUAACAUAAGACCUGUGUAUAGAAGGGACAAUUCCGAAACCUGUUUUCCUAUCAAACUUGGAACAGGCGGUAUAUAAACAAACAGACUUCUCAUACCAAUUGGACAGGGUUGCCAAUAAUACACGGAAAUGAAAUUCUACUAAAUGUACUUACGGUACAUACAGUUGAAGAAGUUUGAUGACAAGAAAUAACAGAAAAAUACAAUUUGUUGGAAAAUAUGUAAUAUUUUUGUAUUACACCAACAAAAUCUCACUAUUCAGAGAAUAUUUGUUUCGAAGAACAUAUUUUACUGGUGAGCGGCAAUAGUCUUCAGAAAGUUAAUAUUAUUUGGAAGCUAUGACAUCUUGUGCUGUUCGGCAUCCCUGUAUUUUCCUCUCUGCCAGUUGUCAGGUUCAAACAAGUGCUAGUGAUAAAAUAUUGAACGUCAGUAGCCACCCUUGUGCAAUAUUUAGCACAAACUUCAAUAUCAUCUCCAAAAGAUUCAAUUCCAUUGCACAAAUAUGACUGUGGCGCAAUAAUAUUGUACGUUUGUGGACAAUCUUCAAUAAUAAUGUCAAUAAAUUCGUACAAUAGUAUUGUGCGUGU